CGAAUAAAAUGACAAACCAGUCGGUCUUGGCUUGCCUCUCUCGAUCUCUCUCUUCAACUCUUCUUUGCUUUCUCUGCUUAAAGAAGCAAGCAUCGUCUCUGUUUUCGGUUUGUUGAAAAGCUUUUGGGUAAGAGUAAACUCACUCGAGAGAAAAAAAAAAGGGUUUUGUUUUCCAGUAAUAUUAUUUUCUUCGUGGGUUUGAUCAUGGAGAGAGAUUUUCUGGGUCUUGGUUUGAAAAAUGUCCAGGUUACGGUGAAAAAGGAGGUAGCUGAUGGCUAUAAGGAUUCGGCAGUUCCAAUGAGAGGUUCAACAAUGCAGUUGUCUUUCUCAAACAAGGUUUCUGCCAUUCCUCAGUUUUUGUCCUUUAAGUCUGGUGUGGAAGAAAAGCCAAGAAAGACGACUCAUGAUCACAUAUCCUCUGGUUUUAGUCCCAUUUCUACUGCCGAUGCUUUUGAUUCUAAUCAGAACCCAUAUUCUUGCAUGAUUCAUGUUAGUCAUUGCUGUUAUGUGGCCCAUUUUUCUAAUAUUUUGAAGAAUAUGAUUCCUGAUAAACAAGGAGCAAAACAUUAUGCAGUGCAACACUUUGAUGCAUAUCCAGUUCAUCGCCCCCAGCAAAUGAGGAUAUUCCCAGUUUCCAACCAUAGUCAAACAAUUACUGCUUGCCAUUUUGCUUCCUCUGGGCAAAAUGUGGGUGAUAAUUCCUUGAACUCGCAAUCUGUUGGACGAGUUCCAAUCAUAAGCUCAGUAUCUGUUCAUCCCACUCCAAGCUCCAUUGUGCGUACCACCGAACUUAGAAAUGUAUCAAAGUCUUCUGUGGCUACUGCUCAAUUGACCAUAUUCUAUGCUGGUUCUGUGUGUGUUUAUGAUGAUAUUUGUCCCGAGAAGGCUCAGGCUAUUAUGCUGUUAGCUGGACAUGGGUCUUCAGUAACUCAGGAUAAAACAGUUUCCCCGGCUCAAGUGCAGGCACCAAUCCAGGGGCCUUCUGCUUAUGUAGGGAACAAAACCCAUACAUGCUCAGGUCUUCCAAGCCCCAUUGCUGUUACCUCUACUAGCAAUAAUGAAUUGGCAACAGUAAAGUUAAUGGGACCUUUAGCUUCCACAAAUAACUCAACAGAACCACCAAAGACAGUUGGUUCAAGUUCUGCAACUCUGAUUCCAACAGUGGCUGCACCUCAGGCUCGUAAAGCAUCAUUGGCUCGGUUUCUGGAGAAGCGCAAGGAAAGAGUGAUGAAUGCAUCGCCAUACAAUGCAAGCUAGAAAUUUCCGAAAUGUAAUUCCAUUGAAUGUGAUGGCAUGAGUUUAUCCUUUAAGGGGACCUCUGGAGAGGAUUCAAAUCAAAGAAUGCGCAUAUACCAAUAUGAAGGAAGAGAGAUCUAUAUCAACGUCUAAUUUUGUUCUUAAUUGUAAGCUCAAUUAUUUUUAUUUAAAUUUUUUUUGAGUUUCCCUCAAUUUCUUAAAUAUAUUGUUCU